AUGCAAGAAGACUUAACCAAUAAUUCCACUGAAAACUCUCCAAUAUAUAAUUAGUCUGUUCUUCUUCUAGAUGGCAGAUCUAUACCACAAAUUGGCAUGGGUACCUGGAAAAUCCCAGAUCAAGAAUCAAUGGAUAAAGCUAUUGAUGCAGCUCUAGAAGUGGGCUACAGACACUUUGACUCUGCUGAGUCCUAUGAGAAUGAGGAAAUGCUGGGUAUUGCUUUGAAGAAAGGUUUUGAGAAAUAUGGACUUAAAAGAGAAGACAUAUGGAUUACCUCGAAGAUAGCUGCUUGGAGAAUGGACUAUGAAAAUGCAAAGGAUAGUAUUGAAACCUCAGUUAAACUAAUUGAUUGUGGUUAUCUGGACUUAUCUCUCAUUCACUGGCCAACUUCAAUAUGUGGUGAGGCAGGUGAAAUUGGGAGACUCGAGACCUGGAAAGGUAUGGUCGAAAUGAAAUAAAAGGGACUUGUAAAGAGUCUUGGAAUUUCUAACUUCCUUACGAGACAUAUCGAGCAAAUGCUCAGUUAAGUUGGAGAUGAAAAACCUGUCAUUAAUUAAAUUGAGAUUCACCCUCUCUACAUCGAUGAAGAGACUAUCAAAACGUGCUAGCAUUAUGGAAUAGCUCUUACAGCUUACGCUCCCCUAGCAACUUUUGAUGAGAAACUGAUGAAAAAUGAAAAUGUCCUAAAAUUAGCUGAAAAAUAUGGCAAGUCAGCAAAUCAGAUAGCAUUGAGAUGGGGAAUUCAAAGAGGAUUCAUUGUGAUACCAAAAGCUUCGUCUAAGGAGCAUUUGCUGUCUAAUAUUUCAAUCGGAGAUUUCUCACUAACUGAGGAGGAAGUCUAGCUCAUUGACUAGUUGAAUAUUAUGUUCAAGACUGAUUGGGAUCCUAAAGAUGAACCUUGA